AUGCUCGCACGCGCAUCCAGCGACGCCAGCGCUCGCCUUCGCCGGUCAAAGUCCACCUCAACUGUCCACCGGCAUGCGCCGCCUAUCAUUGAGCCCUUUGACCCGAAUGUGGCGCAACAACAUGCCCUCGCUGCUGCCACUGCGGCUUUUGCUCGAUCCCAAGCCCAGGAGACGAUUGAGCGUAAAUCGACCCGUAGCGUCGAGCUUUCCAGAAGCAAGAGCACCGCAAGCCGCAAGUCAUUCAAGUCACAAGGAAGUCACUUUCCUCCGCGAGAGUUGAGCAUUCGGACUAUACCGACUCGCAAUGACACAAAAACGGUUAGCUCACACCCCCUCUUCCGGGGAGCUGGGUCGAAUACCGAGAAGUCCUUCGCCUUCAACCCUACACCCAGCAGUGAGAGACCAUCGUCAUUGCCGCGCCCAUUGUCAGCGCAGCCCUCGAUCACUUCCGGUGAGCAUGCCCACCCUGCCUCCCAACCAAAACCCAAUCGGCAGAGCGCAGCUUCUUCUAUCACAUCGCAACAGAUCAGAAAGGCGCGCUCUAUGUACUAUGCCAGCAGCGUUCAGACCGGGUCACCUAUUGCUCGACCGCCUGCUCAGUUUCUGACUACGCCGCCAUCAACUAGCGUCAACCCAGCACUGAGUACUACACCGGCAGUUUAUGUGCCAACUCGAAUUACAGCUCCAUCUCCGCUUGCUGUACCUCGGUUUCCCGUAGCUGUCGCACUAGACGAUACGAUCGAUAAAGCCCGGGACAAAUAUCUUCAGGACUUUCAGCAGAGAUCCAUCAAACACAAGCCAUCCCUGUUUCUAGCGCCGUUCAAGAAGAGACAGGAGAAGUCGAAAGACAAGGUGAAGCGCAUGUCAAGUACCACACCGAUUCUCUCCACAACCUACCAAGCGACUGAAGAUCCAGCCAUCGACAUCGCGGUGAGUGAUUUUAUGCCAAAACCAGAUGCUAAGGAUGGACGCUCUUUCUCUGGAUCUCUGAAAAGGAAGAUCAAACGGGUCUUCAGACGUAGUUCCAACAAAUCAGCUAGCCUUCCAGUUCAGCAGAUCGAAGCAAGCCGCGAAUACUUUGGAGCUAUGAAUCCCGAUGAUAUCCUAUCUCAAAUGAACGGUCUCACAGAGAUACCAAGACCCGAUGAUACACUGCUUCAAAGUGUGCGGUCGCGCACCCCGUCUCUAGAGGGAAGUUGCCCGUACCUCAUCAGAUCGAAAUCACGUAGUAGCAGUAACGACAGUGCCCAUAGCAAUCGCAGCCUUCACAGUGAAGCUAGUGUUUCACACGUAUCCGCAUCUCGUGUUACAAGCUGGGGUACAUCAGCUUCGGGGGAUACGCUGACGCAACGCGCUAUCAAGCGUUUAACUGUCAUUCAUGAAGCCAAAGACAGUAUCAGCAGCAUCGCAGACCAGACAGCAUCAGUUCCCAUCAAGAGGAAGUCAAUUCGCAAUCUUUCGCUUUCGGCCUUCAAGGAUCCUAUGCAUAUGGAGAGCCUGGCCGAAGAAACGUCAACGCCAUCAGUUGACCCUAAGCGCGUGUUCUCGGCCCUCAUGCGCGAAAUCAAUGCUUCAAAAUCCGCCGAGGCAUCGUUGAACCAAGCGGAUCGUACACCAGGUGCAGAGAGCGAUGUGUUUGAGUCGAGCAAGACUAAGGAACUGCACUUCACGAGCCGCGAGCUGCAUUCCAGUGCCAGCAAAGAUCUCUGCCUUUCCACAAACGAUGAGAAGAAGCUAUCAGCAGGUCGUUCAACGAGUGUGGCGGCACACAGUAUUCAAGGCAAGAAAAGCUCGAUCAAAUUGUUUGGGCGAGCCAUCAGGUCAACUAUACGCGCCGUCACGCCGGGUGAGCAUCGAUCAUCGCCUUAUCUGGAUCAGUCGAUUACACAAGCAGAUGCAGAUACCCCUUCUUCAGACACUUCAUCAAGCUCACAAGAACAUUGUGAGAGGCACAAGGCCAUUUUCAAGGGUCUUCACGGUUCUAAAAAGAAAACUGGCUCAGUUAGCCGGGAUCACUCUAUCGAUACCUACGUGCCAACAACCGAACAAAUCGAGAUAAGGGUGACGAAGGCAAAAAGUCGAUGGCAGACGCCUCUCGAAAAAAAUGGAACGCCUCACUUUCCGCAGGAAACAGAUCGGCUCUUCACUGUGACCAAUUUUGCUCAACGCCGAGCAUCGACCCAAAUGUGCGAAGACUCUCGAUCACCAAGCUCCUCGAAGUCGCCUACGGCGCAACCCUCAAAUCCGAUGCAAACACCCUUGUCUCCUAGUGUAUACUCACGCAAUACUGACGGUAUGAGCAUUUUGCCCAACGAUAGUGUUAUGUCCUUCAAUAGCCCCUACGAGCCCGAGUACAGUCACAAUGGGGGCUCGGCGGUUAUUCUGACCAGCCAGUCAGUACGCAGCUAUAUCGUUGGCACCCCGUCUCCAAACCGACCAAGUUCGACUCGGUCCAGCCGUGAUUGGAAGGCUUGGCUGUCUCAUGAGGUCUCGGGAAUUGAGACGGCCAGUCAGGAGAAACUCACGAUUCAUGAAAGAUACGUAUCACCUUCUGGGAGACACACAGGCAACUUGGCCGAAAACGUUCGUACGUCGCACACCGGCUCUGAAGACACAACAGUUAUUGCGCGAGGCUCUUUCGACGCAUCAACACCUCGAGGAGAAGGUGGAAAGCUUAUUAUUGGCUCACCUGAGGCUGUGCAGCAAAUUGAAGAAGCUACCAGUCCUGAGGAGCUAUUGAGCCCAACGUUGAGUACAAUCCCCGUUGUGAUGGAUCGUAGGGAUCGACAUCUCGAUGCGCAAAAAGACUUGACAACGGUUCCAACGCCUUCCCCAGCCAAGCUUGAACAGAAGCUUGAACUCUCAACAACGCCUACCUCAAUCCUUUCUGUACAUAGAGAUAAUAAGACGUCAACGCCAAAUGGUCAGUCUUCUGCAUCGCUGCCAGCGCUCGCCACUCACGGAUCUGCACACAUGAACGAACGAUUUCCCUUUUUCAACACCGGAAGGCGUUCAAGCAGCAACAACUCGAGUUUAUCGCAACAUACCAAAUCACCAACUAGCAGUAUUGGAUCGUCUUUCAAGUCACUCAAAAUGACACCUGGACCCAAGGUCAUCUAUUCUGAUCUCUCUGCUCCAGCCACCGGCUCGACUGCACACCACGUACCAAACACUGCCGUGAGAAGAACGGAAGGACUGCAGAGCAAGGAGAACGUUACGCCACCAUCAAUGGGCGGCUACAAACGACCGCACAUAUCCCCUAUAGGAUUAGUGCCUCGCCCGAAGUCACUGCAGCCGCUUUCAUCGGGGCUUCUGAACGGAAGCUCCACCAAGAUGGCGCAGUACAAUACCGACGUAGCAGACCCGGGUCGUUCGAAGCUUAACUCGGGUCUCGCUGUAAUUACGAUUGGCCGCCCCCGCUUACGCGCAACUAUACGUCCUCUGUCCCCUGAGAAACUCUCACGACGUCCCAGAAGUGCAUUCGACCUACGCAACACGCCUCCUCCUCCUAGACCAGCAUCUGAACUUCAUCGCCCAGCGCUACGUCUCAAAGCCUCACCUCGCUUGAUAGCUUCUGUUAUCGAGCCGAAGUUUGAUUUCGAGAAUGGAGAACACCAGAUUUUGAGCGAGACAGAGGAGCGAGAAGGCAGUACAACACCAGGUCAGCGAAUGGCGGAGUGCUUUCUCAAAGAGCGAAAAAGCACCACAGUACUUGAACGAGGAGUGAGAAAGAGCACGACCAAGUUCUUGAGGGAGGAUACGCCUGCUUUUCUCUAA